AUGAGCUCCUCGAAGAAGAAGAGAUACUCAACUACCAACCUACUGCUAUCACCGGUUCUGACAGUGUCUCCAGGCCAACAUCCUUAUAUAUCAUCUCCAUCGUCACACCAGCGUCAUUCUGAGUCUGCUCUCGGGCUGGGCAUUAAUUCUGUGGAACCAACACACUAUCGUCGUAAUAUAAGGCGAUCCUCUACCAUAUAUCGAAUCCCUCGUCCCAAUGAUAUGUCCUCACAUCCUAGUUCCCGCACCCAUUCCAACAAUGAUGAACACACAGAACCUAUUUCAAACUUAAAAAUUCUACUACUCGGUGAUUCAAAUGUAGGAAAAACUGCUAUGAUCCUGAGUUAUUGUAAUGAACUUUUGACAAAAUCACAAUUUAAAUCGCAAUUGAUAUCGAAUAACACAAAGCAUAUGAAUUCCGUAUCAUCUCACUCAUCUAAUGGGUUUAAAUUGGAUAGGCUAAAUAAAUUGAAGGGUCGUGGCAAUUCUAAAAGAUUCAGUUUGAAUGAAUCAGACUUGGAAACUUUAAUCUUAAAAAGAAGAGCCUCAAUUAUUAGACAAAAGAUUAGAUGUCGAAGUUAUUGUUUUGACAGAGAUGAAGAAGAUGAUGAAGCUGAUUUGGAUUAUUUUGAAUCAGAGCAAUAUGGUGGAUAUUUUGGAGUAGAAGGGUCAAUUGAUGAAUUAGGGAGUCCUUUUGUGGAUGCCAAAGCAUCCUUUGAUGACAGAGAGGAGAUGAUAAUUGAUACGAGACCUACUAUUGGGAUUGAUAUCAAAUCAACCCUGGUAAACAUUCAGGGGAAGAAAUAUAACUGUAUUUUUUGGGAUCCAGCGGGACAAGAUCGAUUUAAAAAUGUCAUGAUGGAUUCACUUUAUAAAAUUUCAAAUGCUAUUAUCUUAUGUUAUGAUAUUUGUAAUUUGACAAGCUUCCAAAAUUGUUGCCGAUACUGGCUUAAUGAAACAUUAGAGAACGUCAGAAGCGGAGACUUAUCAGAGAUAAAAUUCUAUUUAGUUGGGAACAAGCUUGAUCUUUACGCUAAACGACAAGUGAAUCAUGAGGAUGUGUUGAACAUGAUUACAAAUAUGGAGUACGAUUACGGAAUAACUAUUUCUGGGAAUUUUGAAGUCACUUGUAAGUGGGAAAAUGUUGUUGAAAGAAUAUUUGAUUUAAUAUUGAUGGACUUGGUGGAAAAGGGGACUUCUGAGAGUACACCAGCAAAAGAGAAUGGCAACAUUUAUAACCCUGGCAGUAGUACUAUGCGUUACUCAGAUGACCAACAUACACCUGAAAUUCGUAACCGGUUUGUCAAGCGCCUUUCAGUACAGGAGCUAACCCCGUUUGAUGAGUCUGUUCCACCACUUGAAGAUCGAUUUUCUGAUCUUUCUAUUGAUGAUUUGAACAUUGAUCCAAUACCAAUGGACGCUACAACUACUACAAAGAAAAAUAGAAAAACGAAGCAACCACACACUAAAUCAAAAUCGAAAGCAAGGCCAAAGAAGAACAAGGAGGCUAAUAUUGAUAUUACUAAACCCUUAGAUGGAAGCCUAGAUAGCCCAUCGACCAAUUCAUCUGCAUGCUGCUAUUAA